CACGCUGCGCACGCCGUGCAGCCCCCCCACCCCCAGCACCCCCAGUCCUGUCUGCGAAGCGCUCGGGGGAUGAGCUCCGCUAUCUAAACGGGAACGACGACUCGAUUGCGCUCCUCCGAAAACGGGAAAAACAUCGUGCGGCUUCUUUAAACGCUGAAGUUGGGCGAAGAGACGGGGUCUGGGGGCGCGGACGCCCACCGGGCUGCGUGGCUCAUGUUUGCCUGGAGCGCGUAGGACGGCGGCAUUCAGACCUGCAGCAUGUCGGAUAGAGGAGGGCUCCCGCGGACCGGAGGCUCUCCGUCCCCGCAUAUGCAGCCCCCGAAGCCGGUGGCGAUCCCCUCGAAUCGGCCGGUGCAGAUGAACCUGUACGCGACCUGGGAAGUGGACCGAUCGUCGCCGAGCUGCGUGCCGAGGCUCUUCAACCUGACACUCAAGAAGCUGGUUAUGCUGAAGGAGCUGGACAAAGACCUGACAUCAGUGGUUAUCGCCGUCAAGCUCCAGGGCUCGAAGCGGAUCCUGCGCUCCAAUGAGAUCCUGCUGUCUUCGGCCGGCCUGACGGAGACUGACCUCCAGCUGACCUUCUCUCUGCAGUAUCCCCACUUUCUGAAGAGAGACGCCAACAAGCUACAGAUCAUGCUCCAACGUCGCAAGCGAUACAAGAACCGCACUAUCCUGGGCUACAAGACGCUGGCUCUGGGAUUGAUUAAUAUGGCUGAGGUUAUGCAACAUCCCAGCGAGGGCGCCCAGGUGCUGGGUCUCCAUAGCAACGUGAAGGAGGCAGCCAUCCCUGUGGCCGAGAUCCGGGUGCAGUCCCUUUCCAGCCAGCCCAUCGACCAUGAGGGGCCCAAAGCCAAACUGUCCGGGGAGGCCGGAGGAGAUCGAUCCCCGGACAUCGAUAACUACUCCGAAGAGGAGGAGGAGAGCUUCUCCUCGGAGCAGGAGGGCAGCGACGAUCCCGUCCAUGGCCAGGUGGGGGCGCCAGAGGAUGGAGAGUAUCUGUUUGACGAAGACGAGGAGGUGAGGAAGAAGAAGCCACGACGCAAGCUGACCUCCAUCACGCGCAUGAACCAACCCAACAUUAAGCAGAAGUUUGUGGCCCUGCUGAAGAGGUUUAAGGUUUCAGAUGAGGUGGGCUUCCGGCUGGAGCACGUAUCCCGGGAGCAGAUUCAGGAUGUGGAGGAGGACCUGGAUGAGCUCUACGACAGCCUGGAGAUGUACAACCCCAGCGACAGCGGCCCCGACAUGGAGGAGACGGAGAGCAUCCUGAGCACCCCCAAGCCCAAGCUCAGACCUUUCUUCGAGGGCGUGUCCCAGUCCAGCUCGCAGACUGAGUUUGGCAGCGUGAGCCGAGAGCUCUUCAGUCCUCAGGGCGAUGAGCCUCCGGACAAGAUGAGGCGAUCUCGGAGUCACAACACGGACGAGCCCUACUCCGAGACGGACACGCUGGAGCUGAACGAGCAGGAGCUCUUUGGCGACGUGGGGCCGUGUAUAACUGUGUCCGUGCCGGAGAAACCCAGGACGCCGCUGAAGACAGGGAAGGCUGAGAUCCAGAGCAUGCCGUCUCCCAGGCUGGACGGCGGCCACACACCCCGGCUGCGGCGCAGUACGCCCACCAGGGAGCGCCAGCUCUCCAAGCCCAUGAGCGAGCGUACCAACAGCUCGGACAGCGAACGCUCUCCCGAGCUGGGCCACGCUGCACAGGUUCCGAGGAAAGCCAUGUACGACCAGCUAAACCAGAUCCUGCUCUCGGACACGGCCCUGCCGGAGAGUCUGAUCCUGGUCAAUGGCAGCGACUGGCAGGGACAGUACGUGGCAGAGGUCCUGCAGUCUCAGAAACAGCCGGUGGUCUGUACGUGCUCCGGUGCAGAGAUACAGGCCGUCCUCUCCGCCGUCCUGACUCGCAUACAGAAGUUCUGUAACUGUAACUCCUCCAUGCCCAAACCGGUGAAAGUGGCCGUGGUGGGGGGGCAAAGCUACCUGGGGUCCGUCCUGCGCUUGUUUGUCUCCCAGUUGGCCAGUAAGACAUCCGAUUGGCUCAGCCACAUCCGCUUUUUGGUGAUUCCUUUGGGCUCGCAUCCUGUUGCCAAGCACCUGGCGUCCCUUGACAACCGCUACAACUCCGCCUUCCUGGACACCACAUGGAGGGACUUGUUCAACCGCAGCGAGCCCCCGCAGACCGAGACGCUGGACGUGGGGCUUCGCAUCACACAGUACAUCAACGGGGCCACGGUCACCCACCAGCUGCCCAUCGCUGAGGCCAUGCUGACCUGCAAGCACAAGAUGAAUGAUGAAGACUCCUACCAGAAAUUCAUUCCGUUCAUUGGGGUGGUGAAGGUGGGAUUAAUCGAACACAGUACAGCGUCUGCAGGGGGGGACCCAGAGGAGACCAUGGCCCUCAGCUUGUCUGUACCCUCCACAUCUCCUCCUGCUCAUGGGUCUCCAACUGCGGGGAUGAAGGAUGUGGCCACACCCCCUUCUUCCCCCUCCAUGAGCAGUGGAUUAACUGUGCUGGGGAGCCCCAGCAUGUCCCAUGGCGUGGAUGCCAUCGGGCUCCAGGUGGACUACUGGGUGGCCCCUGGGGUGGAGAAGCGGCGAGAGGGGGAACGGCGCGACACGGGCUCCAAGAACACCCUGAAGAGCGCCUUCCGCUCCGUGCAGGUCAGCCGGCUCCCUGGAGGUGGCGCUGGCGAGGGCCAGCCCCAGACCAACACUAUGGCGAUGACUGUGGUCACCAAGGAGAAGAACAAGAAAGUGCCAACCAUCUUCUUGGGGAAGAAGCCCAGAGAGAAGGAUGUGGACUCGAAGAGCCAGGUCAUAGAGGGCAUCACGCGGCUCAUCUGCUCUGCCAAGCAGCAGCAGACCAUCCUGAAAGUUUCCAUAGAUGGUGUUGAGUGGAACGACAUCAAGUUCUUCCAGCUUACAGCCCAGUGGUCCACACAUGUGAAGUAUCUUCCGAUCGGACUGUUUGGCUAUAAUAAGCCGCCCUCCUAGGACCCGACGUGUGCUUUCAUUCACAGACCAGCGAUCAGUCAUUGUGCACGAUCUCUGUCACUUAGUGCUUCCCGGGCACCUUGUCAGCCAAUGAGAGAGCAGGGGGGGGGGCGGACCUCUCCAUUUUUACCUGCCGAAGUCUAAGGUCCGAUUCUUCUUUUGCUUAUUCUGUGUCUUUUCCAUUAACGAACGGAAGGCACCUACUAACAGGGCUAUACUGGGUGUCGCCAGUAGGGGGAGCGUGUCAGCCAUCAUCGCAUAUCACCCUUCUCAUUGGGCGCCCUGGAUUCUGUGUGUGGCGUCUAGCACUGUGGGUAAACUGGAAGCGAGUUUUUCCGGCCGGGAUUGACGGCCAGUGAGCCGUCGUACCCCUCGGGGGUCCAGCUACGCCCUGAUUUGUGCUUUUAGUCCAGUGUUCUAAGGAACUGUCAAUCUGAAAUACUAUUCAUUUAUUAUAAAGGUUUAAACUCAUUUUGUAGCAGCUGGGUACGAAAUGCUGCCACCUUGGACAGCAGGAACGCGCCAUGCUCCCCGUCCUGCCUGUUGUCUGAGCACUAUGCGUCAAAUCGACGUGAGCUGAAGCGGCGCCCUCCUGUGGCCUGAUUGAGGCGGGAGAUUCCCGCUUACAUCUGAACCCGUUUUUAUAAGCGACGGUUUUCUCAGCAGUUUUGGUCCGUUUUACAAAAACCCCUUUCACCCCUGUUUUUAAGCUCUGUAAUGCCUGUCCAGCACAUUCUGAAGUUUUCAUUUUAAAUUUAACCGCACAUUAAGAUGAAUUUGUAUUACAUGUUCAGCUACAUUGCUUUAUAGAUGGCAGACAAGUGCUCCCAUCUUAAGUAAAAUGGUUGAAUGCCUUAAACACAAGGCAGCCGAAGGCAUUAAAUCAUGUUGACACAGUUUUUCGGAGGGUGGCUCUCGCUGCGCACCAAAGAUGUGCUUCUUGUUUGUUUUUUAAUAUAUAUUUCAGAGUAGCUCAGUGACAGAAACACAUCGGUUUUGUGUUACGGUUGGAUUCCAGUUGUGUGGGCUUGUUUUCUUUAUUUUUUUACAGCUUGAAAGGUACAAAACAAAUGUCACCUUUGAGGUUUUCAGCCUGUGGUUCUGCUUCUCCCUCUGCUGGGGCGCCGGCCUUCUGGGGAGGCGUGGAUCAGCAUGCGUGUCUAGGCUGCCGUUCAGUGGGUCGUCAGUGGCUAGGCACCAGUGCAUGGGUUUGUGUAGCGUGCUUGUGCUAAAAAUCCCUGUGGAGCCCUACAUGCGCCCUUAGACGGCACUGUACAGUGGUGGAGAGGUCACUGUGAAAAGAACCUUGUGGUUCUGUUCUGGGUUGGAUCUGAGGAGCGUGGAGCAGCAUUGCACUGCUAUUGGUGAGAUAUUUACAGGGCCGUUCUAUCAGUGACGUUAUUGAUUUUAGUUUGUUCAUCAUCAGAUUCUGCAUCAUACACCUCCUUUCAUGGCAAGUUGUAUUGCGCUCAGUGAAGAUCUUAUUUUGCUUUGUACUUUAUUGCAAAUCUGUGAAAUGUUUUGCACGUAAUCAGUGUGUUGCUGAUACUCAGUAUAAAUAUACUCAGUCCUCUCAUGCGAAUUACUUUGUUUUGUUUUGUUUUUUUUUAUCCCGCUGUGGUGAUGCUGAAGUUCAAUUGCUGAUUUCCCCAGAGUUUAGCUGACGGUGAAUGGCCUUCUGGGAAUUGGGAAUGGGAAUUCUGGGAAUUGUAGGAAACUGCAGACCUUUGACUGUGCACCAGAGAAUGAAAGAAGAAAACUGGCGGUUUUAUCACUUAUGGGUACGAUUAGAUGUAACUUUAAAAUAGAUGGAUAUAAAGUAGGAUGUCAGCGUAUUUCCAUUUUAGGGGAGUGCUCUGUGUCGACUGUCGUGAAAUCCACCUGACUUGACAUUUUCGACAUGCCGACCAUGAGGUGAGAUCCUUGCGGAAAACGCACGUUUUGCAUUUCAGAAUGAGCAGAAUUUUCAAAUUUACAUCAUUUAAUCUAAGUAAUUCACGCCCCUGUCCAGUUGGGGGCGAGUCAGCAUAUUAAUUAGCUGCUGUCUAGUCUUGUCUUUAAUUUCACGUGCGGGACGUCGUCGUCCGCAGAAGCUCACGGUGACGGCCAUGACCAUAAGCUGCUCCGUCCAUGAGCGCUAAGCCAACAGCAGAGACGCUGGGCUGAUCCGUGAGUCUGCCAUGGCUGAGAAAAGGCCGAUCACGUACCUGCCGAUCACGUACCUGCAUAAUCUACAAAACUGCUCUCUAUAUUAAUUAUUAGAAAUUAAAACGAAUAAAUGGAAAAUCAAAUGCUAAUAAUUAUGUCUUAUCCUCAUUAAAUAAUGAAAAUUAAAAUGACGAGUAAUAAUAGACUGAAGGAAUUUUUACGGCUCUGGUCACAGCCCUUCCGUUUUGGAUUGUCUUGGAUUACUGGAAUUUACUAAUACAGUAUUAUUAUCAUGGGUUAAUUAACUUGAAGGAAGACGCUUUUAAUUGUGAAGCAAAUUUCUAUAGAAUAGAGGGAAAUAUUGGGGAGGUUUUUAGCUAAAUUCACAGGAUAAAUAUCCAGUUUGGGAGAGACAGUGAGACAAAGAUGAUGUAAGUACAGGUGGUCGAAUUUAACCGAGAAAAACUGCUGAAUGAUAUUCCCUGGGUAAGGAGAUCGGAUCCACUUCUGAUGAACGGAUCUCGCGUGUCUGUUCAGUAGCGGCACGCAGUCUCUGUUACCUUACUGCCCGCUUUUCCUUUCUGCUCCCUUCCUUUUUCACACAGAUAUCACAUCCCGUCUUCCGAUUAGCUAAUUAAACAUUGACAAUGAAGAGAAUGGUGCAGGAUUUGUGCAGUUCAUAUUUCACCACCAGGGGGCGUAAUGGUUAUGCGUAUGUGUACAGUUAGGGAAAGAAACAGCUGUCCUACGUGGUUAUGUCCAGUAUAUUACAAACUAGUGCGAGAAUUUUAGUUGCUAACAGAAAUGGAAAAAAAAAAAAAAAUCAGGUUGUCGUGUCACAUAAAGUCCACUUUUGGAUCUGUCACGUUCCCACUUUUAAUGUUUGAAAAACCACUUCUGAAAAUUGUGAACAGUAAUGUGAAUUCAUUCUCGUGCUGCUUCCUUAUCCACGGCUCCCUUCACCAAAGCUCACCCACUGCGUCGGGGGCUUUCAGCCGGCGCUCCGUCGCCCCCUGGAGGUUCACAGAGCAAUUGCAGCAGGGUUGCAGAAAUCAUCUGGUUUCUGCAAACGGAAAAACGAGGGUGGCUCCCCCCAAAUUAAGAAAUAUGACCCCCCCCCCCCAAAAAAAAAUAAAUGAAUAAAUAAAUAAAUUUUUUUAAUCCGCAGUUCUUAAUUAAUGGUGGUGGGGGCUUAGCUCUAGUGGCUCUGCUCUGUCUUCAUGGGGGCGGUUCCUUCAUUAAGACUGGAAAGCUGAAAACCCCUGAACUGUCCCCCCCUCCGGAGGUUCCUGAAUGGGGAGGGGAGGGGGAUAAACGCCUACAUAUAAGCCACUUCUUUUGCGCUGUUGUGUAUCAAGGCUUAUUGACGUGGAUGAAGUCUUUCUUUUUUUGCACCUGCCGACUGCAGUCUUAAGUGGCUGCUUGUAAUAUUAAUGCUUUUAGACUGUAAAGGUCACUAAUAAAUGAAAUGUGUGCAUAGCUGAAGCUGCAUUGUCACGCUGUUAGCUUUAGACCACUGCUGUUCCCCCCUUUCUAGCACCAACUUUUUCAUCUACGAAAAUGUAAUUGUCUUUUGUGGAAAUGUCCAGAGCAUAAAAUGAAAUAAACUACUUUGUAUCUGUU